AUGCCUCCAUACAUUGAUUUCAAUGCCAUGGAUGGUUCUGCUGUCGGCCAAGUAUCCAACGGGAUCAUGUCAACAACUGAUUUUGCCGACCUUUCCGUCCCGUUCGACCUGUUUUCUGUGCUCAUGGAUACCGAAUUCGAUUUCGAUGACACUUUCCAGAGCUUGAAUUCCGACAUGCACAUAGCGGCGACUGUUUUGGAUGACGCAUCUCAGGCACGCCGGCCGUCUAUUCUCCAUGAAAGCCAUCCCAACCAAUCACCCGUACCUGCAGCUACAGCCGGACCUCAACGUAAGAACUCCCAUGCCCCGACCGAAGGGUAUGAAGCUUUCAAGCGAUCACCGUGGCUUUGGACGCCUGCCAAUCAGGACCAUGCAUAUGCUGAGAGCACCCAGCUAUCACUGGACGAGGCGCAGGUCACGCAGUCGUCCAAUUUCACGUACUCGAAACAGGCAUCCUUCCAAGCAUCUGUGCUGACCGAACAUGGCGCUCGGGAUGAUAUGCUCUCAAUGGUUCUCAAGUUUUCCACCUCCAACUUCAAGACCAGAUCUUUUCCAUCGCUUAACCUCCUCAACACCCUGAUGCAGGCCUUCUUCGUGCGACAGAAUGACUGCAUUGAUUCUUGGAUCCACGUCGGCACAUUCAAUCCCAACACAUGCAAGAGCGAGCAGCUAGCUGGCAUCGUGGCAACCGGCUCCGCCUUGUUUGCUGUCUCGAAUGUGUGGAAGAUGGGAUUGGCGUUGCAGGAGAUCGUGAGGCUCGCUGUUUGUAGCUCCGUGGACAGUGACAACCGCAAUAUUCGCAACCUUCAGACAAAUCAGACCUUUCUGCUUUGGAUCGAUCUCGGCUUGUGGAGCGGUUUCCGGCGUAAGAUGGAGAUUGGCGAGGGGUUCGCCCACAAUCUCCCUACAUUGCACGUCGAAGAUGCUGCGCAGAGCUGGCGCUUUCAGGUCGAGCUUCUAUACGCCUACGAUUGCUCCUUCAAUGCAAGAUGA